UCUACUCGGCUUUACCAAUUAUCAGUUUCCUCCAAAAGAAAAAAUAAUAAAAAAUGAGAGUAUGGGAGCGAAGCAGAUUAGCUCUGCGUUCUGUAUUUGGUGCUCAGAAUCAGAACGUUUCGGGACGUUUCUUCUAUUCCUCAAUCUCUAAUCCUACUAAUACGAAUAUUGAAGAGAGAUUGUAUCGGAGGAUCUCUCCGGUGGGUAACCCCAACGUUUCGGUUGUGCCGAUUCUUGAGCAGUGGGUUCAAGAAGGCAAGCCUGUUAGUCAGAUUGAACUUCAGCGUAUCAUCAAAGAGCUCAGAAUCUUCAAGCGUUUCCAUCACGCUCUUGAGAUAUCUCAAUGGAUGAGCGAUAAAAGAUACAUGCAUCUUUCGACCAAGGAUGUUGCCGCUCGGUUAGACUUGAUCUCAAAGGUUCAUGGCCUGGAUGAAGCAGUGAACUAUUUCAAUGACAUUCCAGCAGCAUUGAAAAUUUUUGAGGUCUAUAGCACUCUUCUCAACUGCUAUGCCAAUGAAAAGUCUGUGGAAAAAGCCGAGGAAAUCAUGCAGCAAAUGAGGGAUAUGUGGGAUCAUAAGACACCGAUUUGUUAUAACAUAAUGAUGAAUCUGUAUUAUCAUACUGAAGACUAUGAUAAACUAGAUUCCCUCAUGUCUGAAAUGGAAGAAAAAGGCAUCCCUUUCGACACAUACACUUUCAGCAUUCGGAUGAGUGCAUAUGUUGCCAUUUCCGACGUUGAGGGGGUGAAUAAAAUCAUGGAAAAAGUGGAGUCCUAUCCAGGGUUAGUUCUGGACUGGAACUUUUAUUCGGUUGCCGCAAGCUCGCACCUCAACGUUGGGCUAGUAGAUAAGGCUGUUGAGAUGCUGAAGAAGCUUGAGGACCGGCUACCAACUGUCAACAGGAAGUCUUUUGCAUUUGAUGCUCUCCUCAAAUCCUACGCCCUGAUUGGAAACAGAGAUGAGUUGUACCGUAUUUGGGACCUGUACAAGAAGGAGAAACUGUUUAACAAGGGAUACAAGAGUAUGAUAUGCUCGCUUUUGAGGAUUGAUGAUGUUGAAGGAGCUGCGAAAAUUUAUGAGGAAUGGGAAUCUAGGGGCUUACCAUUUGACUUUUUAAUUCCCGACUUGAUGAUUGAUACCUAUUUCAGAAAAGGGCUUCUAGAGAAGGCUGAAGCACUAGUGGACAAGGCGAUAGCUAAAGGAGAUGAGUCUUCAGUCGAGUUAUGGUAUUAUUUGGUGAUUCGGAGUCUUGAGCAUAACCAAAUCUCCAAGGCGGUCGAAGCAUUGAAGAAGGCAAUCUCGGUGUGGUCACCUGGAUCAAAGCCGAGCAAGGAGACUCUGUCGGUCUGUUUGGAGUAUUUGGAUGGUAAGGUAGACAUUGAAGGCGCUCAGAUGUCCAUCAAUUUGCUGAGAACUGAAGGUAUUUCCUAUGCAGCUUCUCAUGAGAAAUGGCUGAAUUUCACAAGGGGUGGCGACUCAAUGUCCACCUAGUUGGUUCUCAAAUGGAGGAGAUUGCUAAGUGGUUAGCUCAAAAUUAUAUCGAUGUCAUAAACUCAGAACUCGGUUCCCCAAAAAUCUCUAGCAAACUAGUGAGAAUACUGAGGCUUCAUUUAUUUCGUGGAUUCGAGUUUUUAAUUCGAAUUGA